GAAAUCUAAUAGGUGGGUGGGGUAUAGAGCCCGGUAAAUCCCUUUUCUUCUCCUUUCCUCUUAGUUGGCUUUUUAAAGGAAGUGUUACUGUAAAUUAGGUGAAACACUCCAUGCAUUCUAGACAGGAAAGUUUUGCUGAGAUUUUCUUUUUAAACCCCGUACAUUAUGUUGCCACGGGCAGGGCCCAGGAACGAAAACCCCUCUUUGAUAGACAGAAAAGGUUCAGUAGCUGUGCCACAGCUGAGCAACGAGAUGCAGCUGAGCAUCAUGAUGAAGGUGAAGAGUGGGGAGCUGACCAUCGAUGACGCCCUGAACCAGGCCAGGAGGAGCAACCAGGAGCAGCUAAAGCAAAGCCUGGCCACAGAGGAACAGCAAGCCUCCCAGUACAACUUCAGUGUUUACAAGUACAACCGCUACAGGUGGCAGAAGCGCAUUCUUCAGAUUGACUUCAACACUAAAAUGGUGUGCAGCAUAGAGAAAGGCAUCGUAAAGCGGCAGCUGCCGUUCCUGUGUGUUAAGAGCUGCGAUGACGGAGUUGGGGCCAAGUUCUCUAUAUCUUUCAGAGGAAGACAUGACUAUGAGCUGGAGGCCACCUCACUGGAGGACAAACACAAGAUAAUGCAGCUUGUAAACAAGAUAAUCUACAGAAACAUCUACAGCCAUCCAGUGGAGGGCAGUGAAGACAUGUGUGUGCAUCCCCUGCUUCCAGCACCAAAGAGCCUCAGGGAGGGCCUGCUGUUCCUGCAGAGAGGUGGAUUGGCAUCGUUUAAAUGGGUGAAGUACGAGGCUCACCUUCAUCCUGGCCAGCUGACCCUGCUGCCCAUCAGCCACCGGGGGGUAGGUGCAGAUGGGGACAUGGUCAUUUUGUCAUCCUUGCCAGUUGUCAUUCAUUUCUCAGACGGGGACGCGAGUGUAGAGAAACCGCGCAGCUGUGACACCUUCACUCUUUUGACUCACAAGAAUGAGUAUCAGUUCCAGGUACCUGUGACAGAACUUUCCAAAAGCACAGAAGCCAUCCAGAAGGAGAGGGAUGCUUGGGUCCAGGCCAUAGAUAAGCUAUGCCUGAACUGGAAACGCACGUCUCAGUCGGAGCACUUCUAUGAGGAAAACAGGGCUUUAAGAAUCUAUGACAAUGUCAAAGACAUUCUGGAGGAGAACAAGUCCACUGACGGACAAGGCCUCCAAGGAACAGAUCUUGUCUCCAGUGCAGAUAAUCUAUCGGCUGGAAAAAAGAUUGAGAGUAAACCUCCAACCUCGCCUCUCCCAAUACCCUGCAGCCCUGUGAAGUUACUAAUGAAUGUCCCCUUCCCUAGUCCUGUCCUUUCCCCUGCACCUGCCCUUGAUUCUGUGCCUGGUCUUGCACUUGUUCCUGGUUUUGUCCCUGUCCCUGUCCUGGCACCAGUCCUUGAUCCUGUCCAUGUCCCUGCCACUGUCCCUGUACCCAUUCCCUCAAUGGUGCCAGCUCCCCCCUUCAUUCCUAUGCCUCCUCCAUUGCCCUUUAAGCCCAGUAGAAAACCCCUAACAGAGCGGACCAGGGCCUUCCACUGGGAUGAGGUUGGUUCAGAUAAGAUAGAGAAAUCAUGCUGGACACGGGGAAACGCUGGGAACAUUGAAAUUGACACUUCACGCUUGUAUGAGCAAUUUGCAGUUCAAGAUUUGGGAACAUUUGGUGGGAUCACCGAGCCCAGCAUUAACCUUCACAUCAUGCUCAACACGAAGGUUGCUCACAACUUUAAUAUUUUCCUCAAAAGUUUCCAUGUGCAGCCAGGAGAACUAAAGGACAAACUGUUCUUGGUUAAUGAGGGUGAGGGAGGCUUCUCUGAUGAACAGAUCACUUCCCUGAGGAGAUAUGUACCUACCUCAGACGAUGUGGAAAUGUAUAAAUCUUACAAGGGGUCUGUGUCAGAGCUGCAUGUUGUGGACCAGUACAUGAUGGAGAUGUGCAACAUUCCUUACCUGAACUCCAGACUGGACCUGCUGCUGACUCUAAGAGAGCUGCCCAUAAGCAUGGAGGAUCUGCAGCCGCUGAUUAACCAGAAGAUCAGGAUGUGCACGCAGUUGUACAGCUCCAGGUCGUUCGUCUCCGUGCUGGAGUACCUGCUGGCCAUCGGCAAUUACCUCAACGAGAACGCAGGGAAGGGAAAGGCCAAGGGAUUCCGCCUCUCCUCCUUAACUAAAAUCUCCCAGCUCCGUGGGAUAGACAGGAAGUUCACCUUGCUGCAUGCCCUUGUGGAGCAGAUCAUGUUGCACGAACCCAGCUUGGCCACUUUUCCACAAGAGUUGACGGAAUUCGAAACUGUCCCUGGGGCUUCCAUUAAAGGCCUCACUGCUGAAGUGGACGUUCUCAAGAAUGAGUUACAGAAGACCAUUCAGUACAAGAAAACGUACAAGAGAAGAAACCAAGGCGAUCAACACCCAAAGUUUUUCAAAGACCUGAAGAUGGCGAUUGAGAAGUACAACACCGAUCUCUCCCUGCUGACAAAGAGGUCUGAGGAGAUGAAGAAACUCUACACUGACAUAUUGGUUAAAUUCGGAGAGCCGAUGGAUCAAGAUUCUCAGGAGCUGUUUGGCUUGGUGUGCCAGUUUGUCAACGACUUCAAGGGGACACAUGCUGAAAUCAGAUAACAAUUUGCUGUCCUUGCGUGACUAUCUAUAAAUCUUCAGCCAAUCCAAACACAAUUCAGUGCCUAAUAGUUUGUGAUUAUGCACAUACAAAUACAAGUUUAUUUACUUCAAAUUGUAAAGAGACCGGGACUUCUUAGAAAUUGCACUGAUCAGUGACGUAUAACAUUAAUGGCAACCUUGAAACCUUUAAGCGUCUUUGGGUCUUUGAAAAGCGCUAUAUAAAACAUUAUUAUUAAUAUUAUUAUUGUUAUUUGUGUGCACUAAGAUGCCACACAAGCUGUGGUUUAAUACUAUGUUCAGGCAGCUAGACUUGGGGAUUGCAAUUUCAGUGGGAAAAUAUUAGAGUGUAUAAUGCUUUGCUGUAAUUAAAAGGAAUCUAUAUGGGAUAUAUAACAGGUACUGUAUAUUGUUUGAAGACAGUAGACUGAUAGUUGGUCGGGAUUUAUUGUGACAAAUUGUCUGAAAUCGAUUGAAAAAAUGUAUUGAAUUGAAGUUAUGAGACAGUAGGGGGAAUGCCUACUGGUUUGAAUGGUGUCAGCAAUGUUGAUCUUGUAUUAUUUUGAACUUAACAACAUGAAUUGGGAUAUUUAGUGUAUUAUAUACUGUAGGUAGAUACCAUUUAACAGAACAAGGCUAUGUCAAUAACUUAAUUUGGACAAAAAUUCUGAUAGAAACUUAUAGUCCCAAGCGCUCUACUUUCUGUCCACAGCUGUCUGUCUGAUGACAAGGGAACCGAAUCACAAAGAACACACAUAUAGUGGCCUCGCCAGCUGAAAAUCGUCCAUCUGAUUACCCAUUUUUCUCUGAACGUGCAGACAUUCUUGCCUUGGUCGGGGACACACAGAUUUUCUAUUCCAGUACUCCAGUCAGGGAUCCAUGACCCUUCUCUGAUUCUGGACAGCAUCUGGUGCUUUUUGCCAUCUGAAAUUGAUAUUUUUUCCCCCUCGUCCUUCCCUCACUUGCAAUUGGUGCAGCAGCAGCAAAAUGGGUGCUGUUAGCAACUGCUUGAGAGAGAGAGAGAGAGAUUACAGAAAAUAUUUGUUUAAAUUUGGCUUUCAUUCAGAAGAUGACUUAUUACUUCAAUGAUAUUACAUAUUUACCAAAACUGGGUUCUUUUUUUCUCAUUUCUGAAACAAAUUUAAAUCUGAUUUGAUUAAGAGAAAAGAUAGAAGAGCAGAGGCCGUUGUCCAGGGGUAAUGCUCCCGGCUUAGACACAUGUCCACUCCUCUCCCCACUGGAUGAUUGGGUUCCAUCCCCGCUCCAACCCUUUAAUCUGUUUCUACCAACUGCCUGUAACCCCUCUGAUUUCUUCCAUGUCAAAAUAAACAAAAAAGGCCAUUCAAACUAUA